CCAAACUCCCACUGUCAUCCUGUCCAGCCCUUUCCACCUCUUCGUGUAAGCCGGCCGCUGAACGACGGCCACGCGCACACGCCAUCGUCCACGACCCCAUCCCAUACCUAUACUCAAACAGUUACCCUCUCCAGCCUCAAACGGCGACGACAACGACGAAACCCAACGGUAAUAACUGCAGCCCCCGAGCACAUACCGGGCACAUACACGCGGGGCCGCCAUGGCCCCCGAGACGCGUUCCCGCGGCGUGCCUCCCCCGAACCGUGUGUACAACUCGUCGCCCGCGCUGCAGCAAGUGCAGUUCCCGUCGCGGCGCAAGAAGAUCCGCACGUACGGCCGACGGACCUCGUUACACACGCCCUCCCUACGACAGCAGACGCUCACGCAGAUUGACUUUGUCUCGAGCUUCGACGGCGACGAUGAUGGCGGCGACGAUGUCAUUACCUUGACGGACAGCGAGGACGAAACAACACGGCCGCACGUUCCCGAGAAGCAGGACAGCGGCGGUGACGACAAGGAGAAUAGAAAUCCAAAAAGUCGAGCCAAGGGGAAGGCCAAGGCCAGGGCGACGGUACGCGUGCAAGGGGACGGCGGGGGCGACGGCGACGGCGACGAUGACGACGAGCCCGUACCCGUGUCGAGGAGGAGAAGGAGAAAGAGGCCAUCCACCGGCGCGACGGACAUGAAAUCGAAGCGCAGGCGAACGCUAGGCGAUGAUAUCCCCGAGAACACGGCAAGUAGGCCAAAGAGCGUCAAGGACAGCAGGACUUCGCGUCGGAGGACCGUGGGGGAUGCACCUUCAUCGUCAUCAAAGUAUCAUACACAGACCUUGACGCAAUUUCUCGGCCAACGGUCCUUCAUUGCCGACUCAGACGACGAGGGCGACGACCUUGGCCUCGUUCCGAGCGAAGACGAAGGCGACAAGGGAAACGAUGACGGCUUCAUGGAGUGGCUCGGCGAACCGGGAAGUCCCAGUGUGCGACGAUCCAGGACUCGACAGCGCAGAUCCGCGCCCCCAUCGCCUCAGAAGCCGAGAACCAGCAAGUCCAGUCAGGGGCCGGCGUGUCCGUCUAGAGAGGAGUCUGUGAUACCGCAGACACCCGUGAAGCGCACCACCGACGCCGGCACUACCCCCUGCCUUGGCGAAAAUGACUCCAGCAAGGUCCUGGACUCUCCCUGUACGACGCUCAUCGACCGCUACGGGGCCCCGGAUGCGCAAACCUCUCCACUCAAGGACCGUGCCUCGCCCACCGCGCCGCCGCCGCUGCAGCUGACAGGCGUGCCGAAGCACCUCGACGCCACACCCACGCGGCGUAAGCCGGCCAUGGUCAUACAGGAUUCAUUCGCCACGACGGGCAGCUGGGCGUCGCCGACUCGAAGCCAGCACAAGGCCAGUCAGAAGGCAGAUGCCUCUGCUGCGGCCACGCCGAUGGAGGCCCCUCGGCGGCCAGGACGGGACCCCAGUGCUAAGCUAGGAGCCAGCUCCGCGGCUGGACGCGUGAGCACGUCUCCCGACAAAGUCAACACCGAUAAGUCACCCAAGAAAGCCGUGGGCGGAUUGUCCGAAAUUCCCGAUUCGGAUGAGGAAGAUGAGGGCUUCGACGCAGAAGAAAGCAUGCGAGGAGGCGGUGAGCUCGAAGAGGCACGGGAUCGCGACGAGCACCAUUUCGUAGUGGGUGCUGAGACGCAACUUGUCAUGAGUGAACUGGCAUCAAGCGAAGCAUUGCAACAGUCUCUCGGGAGGCCGGUUUCUGUCCCUGCCCGAUCGUCGUCAUCUCUCUCCUCCAUCUCCGAGCAGUCGUCGAGCGCCGCCCCCCAGGCCGUCAGUUGCCCCCCAGCGACCCUUCCACGGCCGCCACCCUCCGAACAUCAGGAGUCCCGUUCGCGACAGGAGCCGUCAGCCGCCAAGCCAAGCACCAAGCCCAUUCGCAAGCCCCUUUAUCACCCGGUGUCACCCUCGCAGCCCCGCCAAAGCCAGCCGUUCGAGUCCCAGCGCGUCCACGUCACUAUCCUCCAGUCCCUGGCCCCUCCUACGCCGCGCUCCGACAUCCUCCUCCCCUUGUCCACCGUGCAGCUCGAGCCGCUGGUGAGCGGCCACGUCGUCCACGUCGUCAUGCCGUUCAAGAUCCCCACGCAAGUAGUCCGCUUCUGGCUCCUUGAGCGCUCGAUGCUGCGGUACAUGGCUUGCGUCGAACCCUAUCCCCCCGACGGGGAACCGCUGCCUAUCCCUGUGACUGGCUCAAGGGGCUCAUGGCGGUACUACGUCCGGCAGGUGUACCAGCUCAACAACCCCGUUGCGGAACCCGACAUGCGUGAGGAAGGCUGGUUGGACAAAAGCGAGGCUAUCGGAAAAUACGUCUACCUGCCACCAGCGAUGAUCGGCCAACUCCUUUGGAACCUGAGGCACGCCCUUUUUGGCGACGACGCCGAGGAGGAGCGAGCUUCAGACUCGGACGAGGAGGCGGUCGCGGAGGCGGGCACCACCCAUGCCGAGCCUCCCGAACAACCGCUACCCUCCGGCAGGGGGCAGACGCCUUCUGGCAGCCUCACCGUCUCGCAGCAGGUCACUGCCCAGAUUCACAGCGACAUCGCCUACUCCACGCAGUUCAUCCCGUCGACGCCCCUCGACGAUGGCCAAGAGGAUCAAAACGGCACCUCACCCCGGGUUGGCGAGGGCACGACUCCCCGCCUUGGCGAGCCCCCUUCCUCAUCCAUCAAGCCUCCUCCGCCGCCGCCGCCGCCGCCCGCCUUUGCGGCCUCAUCCUCUUCCGCCCGACGUCUCAGAACUCCGCGCCAAGCCAGGUACACUUCCGCGACGACCACCACUACCACGUCCACUACCACUACAACCAUCCGGCCCUCUCAAGCAACGACCGCAUCCCAGCCAUCUUCGCCCGAACAAUCCCACCCCCGACCCCACCUCCACCACAACGCUCCUCCAGCGCGCCAUCGUCGCCUACGCACCACGCCAAACACCACCACCGCGCGCUCGCCUCACCACCACCACCAGCCGCCCCCUCAGCAACCGUCCUCCAGCAACAACAGCCUCCACUUCCUCGACCACGGCGCCUCCCUCGUCUCCAUGCCCCCCUGCUCCCCUACCUCUCCCCUCCUCCAGCCGGGAGACUUGCCACUCCCCUCCUCCUCCUCCUCCCUGCCCGCCUCCUCCCAGCUCCUCACCAAGAGCCAGAUGCUGCCAGACAGCCUCCUCCGCGACGGGCUCCCCCCGCCGCCGCUGCCCCCCGCGUUUGCGAAAUCAGGCGCCGGCGCCGCCACCUCUGCGCGUGAGAUUUGGGACUCGGACGACGAUGAUGUGCCGCUGUGAAAUGGGGCCGGGUUGGUACCGGGAGGAAGAUGUACACUGCAACUGCCGUCAGUCGGGCUGUAUGCGGGCGAAUAAUUUCUUUGGGUCGGAGAUCUUCCAUUGCAGCAUUGCGGCAACUAUAUUUACUUGGCAUCAAAAGCGCAACCGUUGUGAGAAUAUGAACGAAUAUUAGAACCGGCGCAAGUACCGCUAUAUUCCGCCCUUCGUGUCGGAGUAGCUUUCACAACGCAAUAUUAGUUCGCAAACUCAAGUGACCAAUUUCUCUCAUUGUUCUGCCUAUACAUCGAUACUUCUGCGAGUCCGGGACAUGCCCUCUCCGGCCCGGCAACAAGGAAUCCAUAGAAACUACCGUUUCGCCUUACCAACAAAGCAUGCCCGCAGAGCCAUGAACCUGUCUAUCACCUUUGCUUUUUGCGCUUUCUCCUUCCCG